CCGACACUCACCUCUUCGUAUCCCUCACCUGCCCGUAUUAUUUCGCUAUAUAAAAGGCCCUACAUUCUCCAUUCCAUCUAGGACCCUUGGGUUACGUGUCCUUCCCGAUGAUCGUCGUCUUUCCUCGUCAUGUUACCUCCAUUGACCACGGCGCGCUGCCGGAUAAUCUUGCCCUAGCCCGAAGAUACACAUCACCGAACCUUCCAAAUGUCCCUGUAGGUGCCACAGUCGGCAUCGUGAUAGGCGUUGUUUUAUUGGUAGUCGGUGGUACCUGGUUAUGUACGCGGCGAAUGGCCGCACGAGACAGGUGUCUGAAAGAAGCUCGGGCUCUUCGCGAUCGAAUCGCGCUCGCUCCCUCGACGCGUAUCUCCCCUGCUUCGGCAGCCUCGGAAGUUCCGAUGCGAGCAGGAAACGGCGAAACGGACGCUCUACCUCGAUACGAGACGCGCGAGCUGAGUCUGCCUACAUAUGCAGAGGCUGAAGGUCUGCCCAGUAGAUGACGUCAGGUGCUAUCCAAGAACGCGCACGGCAUAACUCUACACCACAAACAGCUCGUAAUAUUAUCGUUUUAACCAUGUAUGUCCUCCAACGUAAUGCUAUAUGCCUCAGUCCACCUGUCUUCGUCUCUAACGCCGAAGCGUAUCGACAAACUAGCCAUAAGUCCAGGGUCUCCGUAAGCUUGAUCUUCAAUCGUCCUCCUCACUCUGAAGACCAGGUGAUUGAUGGCCAUGGACAUAAUAGUGAAGAAAAAUCCUCCUGCAAUAUCGACGAGCUCUGGUUUCAGUAGCCAGAAUAGUAG